AUGAGCUCCUCAAAACAAGGUGCCUACGGCGCAGGAGGAGGUGCACCAGGUGGCGACACCAGCUUCCGCAAGACCUGGGACAAGGACGAAUAUGCGGCGAAAGGCCGCGAUCGCGACGCAAAGGACCGCGAAGAGGGUAAAGCGCGUUACGAGGCACAUCUCGCAGGAAAAAAAUACCAUCGGCGAGCUUCCACACCACCAGAUGCGCGGGAUACGGAGGCGCGCGCUGGCCGGCUUGAUGUCGCGAGCAUGGUGGGCAAGACGACGCUGGUGCCGGCGGGGAGCGCAGUAGGGAAGAGAGGGAAGGGCGCGGGCUUCUACUGCGAAGCCUGCGACUUGACAUUUAAGGAUAAUUUGCAAUACGUCGAACAUCUCAACAGCAAGCAGCAUCUUGUCAAUACUGGGCAGACAGGCGAGGUCAAACGCGCUUCCGUGGAGGAGGUGCAUCAACGACUACUAUGGUUGAAGAGGAAGCGGGAGGAGGAAAGCACAGAGCAGGUCAUUGACCUAGAAGCCAGAUUGGAGGUCUCGAAGGAGAGGGAAGACAAGGAACGGGAGGGAAAACGGCGGAAACGGAACGAGAAGCGGAGGAAAACUAAGGAUGGUGUGGGACAUGUCGAAGUCAAGGUCGAGAACGAUGGGGUCAUAUGCUAAAGGGUUUCUGGGUUUCUAUAUUGCUUGGGAAGGUAUUGGCAUCAGUUGGUGUUUACAAGCAGAGCAUAGCGUUGGAGUUUUGGCUUUUAUGGAGUAAUCUUGGAGUCUGAUGCCUGAAGGUAUACCAGUACUUUUAAAUUUCUCCCCCGGCUGCAUCUUAUCUUCCGGCCUCACCUGGGUCACCUUUGACGACGGGAGGGAGCAGAAUAGUGAGAUAAAUCCAAAUUCAUUUCCCCAC